AUGGCGGGCGGCUUUGAGGCGAGCUCCAGCGGCAGGCGCGGCACCGGCGCGGUGGCGCUCGCGGCGGCAUGCUGUGUGUGCUGCGCCCUGCUGGCCCCAAGAUCCUUUGCGGUGACAUCCCGGGUCGAGCGUCCGCUGGCGUCGGCGGAGGCGGAGGCCCUCCAGGGCCCGCGCGGCGGGAACCUGCGCGCCGGCGGGGAGGCCGCGCCCCCGCCGUCCGCGGGCGCUGCCCUGGCGCCCGGCGUCGUGGGGCUCGCCGCCCUGGCGCUGGCGCUCUCGGCGUCGCGCCGGCAGGCCGCGGCGCCGCUCGGCGCCGCCGCCCUGCGGGGCCGCGUGGCGCGCCGGGUCUCGGUCAUGACGGAGAGCGGCACCGAGCAGGCAGUGGACCUCGAGGCAGCGCCAACUGACUCCUCCGUCGUGAAGAAGACUUCGGUGCUGGUCCUGGGCGCCACCGGCACCCUCGGGCGCCAGGUCGUGCGCCAGUUUCUUAACGCGGGCUACUCCGUGCGCUGCUUCAUCCGCAACCGGGCCGACCGACCGUUCUCAUUCCUGGUGGACUGGGGCGCCACCGUCGUCGAGGGCUCCCUUCUGAGGAAGCAGAGCCUGCCGACCUCUCUCAUCGGCAUCCACACCGUCAUCGACUGCUCCACCGCGCGGCCGGAGGAGUCGAUCUAUGAGACAGACUGGGAGGGCAAGUUGGCUUUCGUCCAGUGCUGCGAGCAGAUGGAAGUUCAGCGGUACGUGUUCAUGAGCAUCAAGGACUGCGACAAGUAUCAGAAUGUGCCCCUGAUGCAGAUCAAGUACUUGAUGGAGAAGCUCCUGGCCAAGAGCAAGAUGCGCACCACAAUCCUGCGCACCUCAGGUUACUUCCAGCCCCUGAUCGCCCAGUACGCUGUGAGCAUCCUGGACGAUCAACCGGUCUGGAGCGACGAGAAGUCCGAGAACGGCAUCGCGUAUAUCGACUCGCAGGAUUGUGCCAGGAUGAUAGCUGCGGCGGUCAGUAAGGAGCGGACGGUGGGCAAGACGAUCACCGUCACGGGCCCCAAGGUGUGGUCGUCCCAGUCCCUCAUCGAGCUCUGCGAGAAGCUGUCGGGCAAGAAGGCCGACGUGAACGACGUGAGCCCCCUGGUGGUGCAGGCCACUGCGGCGGCGGCCAGCUGCUUCCUGUGGUCGCUGGACAUCGCGGACCGGUUGCGCUUCGUCGAGACACAGGGCGCGAAGUCCACCGACGUGAUGUCUGCCGAGACGUACGCCCUGCUCGGGGUGGAGAAGGGCUCCACGCGCAACCUGGAGGAAUACAUUGGGGAGUACUACCGCAGGAUCAUGAAGAUGCUCGAGGUGGGCGCCUACGACGGCGACGAGGAGGACGAGGAGGAGGACGACGAGAUCACCAAGGCCGCGGCGAGGGAGGCCGCCGUGGUCCAGGAGGACGUGCUGCCCCCGGGCGAGAUCCCGGAGAAGGAGGUGUCCGUGGUCAGGCAGCGCCAGACGGCGGACCGCCUGCAGAAGCUCUUCGAGGACCAGAUUUUGGAGGACAUGGCGGACAAGAAGUACGACUGGUUCGGCAUCACGCCCGUCGCGGAGGUAGUCAACGGGCGCUCUGCGAUGAUGGGCAUCGUGCUCGGGGUCUUCACCGAGUGGGCCACCGACGUGAGCGUCACAAAGCAGAUCGACGAGCUGAUCGCGAUCUUCUCGACGCCCAGCUGA